GGUCCGCUUGGCGCGGCGGGACCCGCCAUCUGCCCAAACAGAGCGCACGGGAAAUAAAUGCCGUUCUCCUAAACAAAUAAACCCGUGCGCCGUUCAGCGCUCUCCAGCUCGCCGGGAGCGCGGUGGAGAUGGAAUCACGGGCAAGGAAGAAACACGAUUUAUCCUCGCGAAUGCAGAUGGCGAUGGAGCAUCAAAAUGGAGUUUGAGCUGAGGCUUCAAGAAGAGGACCUGAGGCCUUCAUCAACAUUUCUGAUUAAAUCACAACAUAUGUACGAUAUGUACUCCUGUGUCAAGCCUUGCCAGGCGGAGAAUAAAGCAAUUGGCCAUCGCUGCGUUCCGUCACACAAAGAGGCAGGGCUGUCACAAGAAAGCCGUCCUUUUAGGGACAUAAUCGAGGCGGGCAGGACGGCAUGUGUGGGCGUGAUAGGCCGAUUGUGUCCGAGAAAGUAAGAUUGACAGGAGUGACAGCUCCAUUUAUUGGCUGCUGAAGUCUAGUCAGCAAAAGGGCAUUCAGGGCCACCGGCUGGCUCUGCUGGCGGCCUGUGCAGUCGGCGCCUGUAAUGCGUGAAGCCCUGGAGUCAUGAUAAACAGCAUCUCUCGUACCUCCAGGAAUUUUCUCCAACGUGGAGGAUAAAGAGCGUUCUCCUGGCCAGGCGUUGCUCGAAACUUCUCAUCCCGGGGAAAAGACGCUGAAGGUUUUCCAGCAAGAGACGACGAGGAGGAGAAGAUGGAGAGCAGUGAAUGCAGAGGAGAUCUCAGCUUAUGAUGCUGCUGACUAUGUGAAGUUCAAAACAAGGGCUUUUGAAGUUGUCCAGCCCGUGAGUGAUGCUCCUAGGGAUGCAGAAUUUACCAUGGAGGUAAUAGGAAGCCUCCAAUCACGUUCAAGGGCGGAGCUUAUUGCCAUGGUGCUGAGUAUGCAGAGGGAGAUGGAUGGCCUCCGAGAGCAAAUCAGGAGCCUAACAGCUUGUGGAAAGUUGGCACAAACGCUUGAAGACUUGAUCGAGAGGAGUGAUCGAUGGCUGAGCAGUACCAGCGGAUCCGUGACUCCUAGCAUCCCGAGAGUGCUGGAGAGAAGCGGCCCACCUGGACGGAUUUCAACUCCAACAGUGCUUAGUAGGAUAACAAAUAAAUGUGAAAGUUCAGAUCAGCAGGGGUGUGGUCGGUAUGAGAUCACGCAUACAAUGCAAAGGAAUGGAGCGCUUCUCGAACAGAAAAUUAUCACUGGCGAUCUUUUGGAGCGCUGCAACACUGGGACCACCGCUCAGAAACUUACCAAUGACCUUCUGCGGAGCCUGUACGACAGAGACUGUCUGGCUUCUCACUCCAUCUCAGGCAUUGUUAACAGCAAGCGAGGGACACCUAAGCCAGCUCUUCCAGCCCAUGAGAUCCAGGCCAUUCUGAGGACAGUGCAGCGAUUCUUUCCCGGAAAAACCGAUUCGGAGAUAAAGGGCUACAUCCGACAGAAGCUUCAAAACGAGGCCAAAAGACUUCGAAAAAGGCCACGCCCAGCUGGAGAUCCAUUGGUGGUUUCUUUUGAGGAGGAGUGUGCAGUUUUGUGUUCUGUAGACGGGAGAUAAUAGCCUCUGGCUCUUCAAUCUCUCGACUGUAAUGUGUUUCUGACGCCAGCUAGUGCCUGCAGCCCCCUGGGAGGUACAGGGACGACAUCAUGAUGGAGUGUCAGGUGCUUCAGUGUGUGUGUGUGAGAGCAUGUCAGUAUGCAUAUCAAACAGUUCCAUAAUGAUAUCUGUUUUCCUGCCAGCCGCUUUGGACUAAAGGGACCACCUUUGCUUUCUGAAUUCAAAUCAUGCCAAAAAAGUAUAGGUGCCACACCCAUAUGCGCGGGCACACCUAUAUGAUACACACAAGCAUGCAGACCAUGCUUGUCAUCGAUUUGAAUCUCUCAUCUGUUCGAUCUUAUUUGUUAUUUUAUUGCUUGUUUCCCCUUCCUCUUUUGAGGUUCUUGCAGACUGGGCAGCAAUUAAGAUGGCAUGGUAAUGGUAACCAUGGUAACCGGCUCACAUUGGGCAUGAUGUAACCGACCAUCACCAGCGUGAAAUUAAAAAUCACAACGACACAUUUUGACAUGAUCUGCAUGAUAGGGGUUCCCAAAUGUUUUAAUUCAGGACACCCUAGGUAUGUGAAUAAUACAUAUAUUUAAUUACAGUACUAAUACCACACGUAAAGUAGGAUAGCAAAACCUCUCGUCUCAUUGCUAAUCUGGAUUAAAUUAUUUUUGUGUCAUUCAAUUUAACAGACUUUGGCUUUGCAUGAUCAAUUUAAUGCGACUCACCAUUUGGUCCUGACCCACAGUUGAGAAACCCCUGGGUUAGGAGAUCUGGUGGUGGUUAGGUAACUAAAUCUCAUUCAUUAAAUACAGUAUUGGGCGGUUUCCCAGAGAGGGAUUAGAUUUAGUCCUAGACUAAAAUAAAUGUAAGAGCUGUCCAAACUUAUCUUAAAAUACAUCAGAGCCCUUUGUUUUGCCUGAAAAUUCACACAGGUAAUGUUUUUAGUAAGCCAUGUUUGUUAAAACUAGUUAUAUUUCAUAAUUAAGGCCUAGUCCUGGUUUAAGAUAAUUCCUGUCUGGGAAACCACGCCUAUGUGUAUUAGUUGUGUUGAUCAAUUACGUAAUAUUAUCUAACACUGUUUUAUAAUUUAAAAUCUAGCAAACUUAUUUUUGUGAAAUAUUUUGCUUGAAGUACCUUUAAAGCUGCAUUUAAUAGCUUUUGCGUAUGAGUCGCAAUUUCAGUUUGAAGCAUACAUUUUUUCUUUGCGUACUUAUAUUAACAUAUAGUUAAACAAUAUUUCCCACUAAAAUAUUGACAAAAUAUAUAAAUAUUUAUCAAUAUUUAUGUAUUUAAUUAUUUUUGACAUUUUUUCGCAAAAUUCUAACCGACGAUUAGACAAUGGUAAGAAAAUAGGACAAAACAGUUGAGUAACCAAUACGUGACAAUGACACGUAAACAGAAAUUUGUGAUAUGGUCACGAAAAAACGUGGAAAUUUGUGACAGUAUCACGAUAAAGAAUCAAACAUUUACGUGACUAUAGGUACGUAUUUUUGUGAGACUGGGCUGGAUUUUGAAUAUUGACUGUUAUGUUCUUAUUUUUGUGAAAUAUUUAGCUUAAAGUAUCUUUAAAGCUGCAAUUAAUAGCUUUUGCGUCUCAGUCGGCAUUUCAGUUUGAAGCAUAAAUUUUUUUCUUUGCGUACUUAUAUUUACAUGUAGUUAAACAACAUUUCCUGCUAAAAUAUUGACAAAAUAUAUAAAUAUUUAUCAAUAUUUAUGUAUUUAAAUAUUUUUGACAUUUCUCGCAAAAUUCUAACCGACGAUUAGACAAUGGUAAGAAAAUAGGACAAAACAGUUGAGUAACCAAUACGUGACAAUGACACGUAAACAGAAAUUUGUGAUAUGGUCACGAAAAAACGCGGAAAUUUGUGACAGUAUCACGAUAAAGAAUAAAACAUUUACAUGACUAUAGGUACGUAUUUUUGUGAGACUGGGCUGGAUUUUGAAUAUUGACUGUUAUGUUCUUAUUUUUGUGAAAUAUUUAGCUUAAAGUAUCUUUAAAGCUGCAAUUAAUAUCUUUUGCGUCUCAGUCGGCAUUUCAGUUUGAAGCAUACAUUUUUUCCUUUGCGUACUUAUAUUUACAUGUAGUUAAACAACAUUUCCUGCUAAAAUAUUGACAAAAUAUAUAAAUAUUUAUCAAUAUUUAUGUAUUUAAAUAUUUUUGACAUUUCUCGCAAAAUUCUAACCGACGAUUAGACAAUGGUAAGAAAAUAGGACAAAACAGUUGAGUAACCAAUUAUGUGACAAUGACGCGUAAACAUAAAUUCGUGAUAUGGUCACGAAAAAACGCGGAAAUUUGUGACAGUAUCACGAUAAAGAAUCAAACAUUUACGUGUCUAUAGGUACGCAUUUUUGUGAGACUGGGCUGGAUUUUGAAUAUUGACUGUUAUGUUCUUAUUUUUGUGAAAUAUUUAGCUUAAAGUAUCUUUAAAGCUGCAAUUAAUAGCUUUUGCGUCUCAGUCGGCAUUUCAGUUUGAAGCAUACAUUUUUUUCUUUGCGUACUUAUAUUUACAUGUAGUUAAACAAUAUUUCCUGCUAAAAUAUUGUCAUUUGAAUAUUGACGAAAUAUAUAAAUAUUUAUCAAUAUUUAUGUAUUUCAUUAUUUUUGACAUUUCUCGCAAAAUUCUAACCGACGAUUAGACAAUAGUAAGAAAAUAGGACAAAACAGUUGAGUAACCAAUACGUGACAAUGACACGUAAACAGAAAUUUGUGAUACGGUCACGAAAAACGUGGAAAUUUGUGACAGUAUCACGAUAAAGAAUCAAACAUUUACGUGACUAUAUGUAUUUUUGUGAGACUGGGCUGGAUUUUGAAUAUUGACUGUUAUGUUCUUAUUUUUGUGAAAUAUUUAGCUUAAAGCUGCAAUUAAUAGCUUUUGCGUCUCAGUCGGCAUUUCAGUUUGAAGCAUACAUUUUUUUCUUUGCGUACUUAUAUUUACAUGUAGUUAAACAAUAUUUCCUGCUAAAAUAUUGUCAUUUGAAUAUUGACAAAAUAUAUAAAUAUUUAUCAAUAUUUAUGUAUUUCAAUAUUUUUGACAUUUCCCGCAAAAUUCUAACCGACAGUUAGACAC